AAAUGCAGGCAAAUUGCAAAUUCAAUUGUUAGGAGCAUACCUUCAACUGGGCUAUGAGGGACACGAUUGAACAUGCAACAGCGAGAUGAAUUCAAUUGCAGCGGGAGGAAUAACAAGCUCAUCAGAGCCGAGUCACAUGAUCGGUAUUUUCUGUUUCAGGCCUAGCGUGGAUUUUUCAACUGAAGCCGUCGCUUUUGCGCCGCAGCUUGGUAUGAACAUCAUCUUCCAGAGCCGGCAUCGCUGCUGUUCAACCACCAUUUGACGACCAGGAAUUAUAUUUUUUUAAACUUCUUAUACGGGCGAUAAUCUUGCGACAUAUGCUGAUAUCGCAGGAGUGAACGGAUAGAUGCUUGGAGCCGCCGUAUUCAAACGGGACCACUGGAGCGUCGCGUUUCUGCGCGAAUAUUAACUAUUUGGCUCAUUCCUUUUUCUAGCUAUACAAAAAGCUCUAUAUCGGACGUUCCGAACUUUCUACAGCCUUUUGGUCGAACCUUGGAUUAUCCUUCCUUCGUUAUCGAAGCCACGUCCCUAUCUUGGAUGCAGCACUGUGAAGAGAACCGAUGUACGCUCAGACUGCCGGCCACCGCAUAAUCGCGCCGACACCAUAAGGGUGCUCGUUUUUCUUGUCGAUGCUGUGUGGAAAGCCCUAAUGAAAACCUUUGCUUACUGGAGGUCCAAAUAUUAAAUAAGUCUCCCGAAUUGAGGGAAGGCUGGUCAAAAUUUCGACGAAGAUGGUCAUCCCCAACUCCUCACCUCAAUCCAGAAUUCCUUUGGAACGCGAUGACCACGGAAAUCCGCGAUUCCAUGGCUGCUCGAGUAUUAGAGAGUUUGAGUUUCUGGGGAAGCUUGGAGAGGGCACAUUCGGCGAGGUAUACAAGGCCCGCUCCAAACGGUCGGGUGCCAUAGUUGCAUUGAAGAAGAUCUUAAUGCACAAUGAGAAAGAUGGGUUUCCUAUAACAGCCCUGCGAGAAAUAAAACUUCUCAAGAUGCUUUCGCACCCGAAUGUUCUACAGCUCCAGGAAAUGGCGGUUGAGCGCCCUCGAGGGGAAGGAAGGAAAAAACCCAGCAUGUAUAUGGUCACUCCAUAUAUGGACCAUGAUCUUUCAGGCCUACUAGAAAAUCCUAGCGUCCACUUUACAGAACCUCAAAUCAAGUGUUAUAUGCUACAACUCUUAGAAGGCCUACGGUAUUUACAUGAGAAUAAAAUAUUACAUCGUGACAUGAAAGCUGCGAAUCUUCUAAUCAACAAUAAAGGAAUACUUCAAAUUGCAGACUUCGGUCUGGCUCGACCAUAUGACGAGCCACCACCACAACCUGGCAAAGGGGGCGGGGAAGCAGUGAGAGAGUACACGACGUUAGUUGUCACUCGAUGGUAUAGACCGCCAGAACUCCUACUUCACCUUCGGAAGUAUACUACUGCUAUCGAUAUGUGGGGUGUUGGCUGUGUCUUCGGAGAAAUGUUCAAGGGUAAACCGAUUCUCGCUGGGAGCAGUGACAUUAAUCAGGCCCAUCUCAUCUUCAACCUUGUCGGCACCCCAACAGAAGAAAACAUGCCAGGAUGGAGCUCAUUACCAGGGUGUGACGGCGUGAAGAAUUUCGGCACCAAGCAAGGCACCCUUGCCACUGUUUUUAAAGAGCAAGGACCAGGAGUUAUAUCUCUCCUAGGUGAAUUCCUUAAGUUGGAUUGGCGCAAGAGAAUCAAUGCUAUCGACGCCCUUCAGCACCCCUACUUUCGCACUCCCCCGUUCCCUGCUCGGCCUGGCGACCUACCAACAUUUGAAGAUUCACAUGAGCUCGACAGAAGGAAGUUCCGUGGCCAGAAGGCCGCACUACCUCCUGCCCCUGCAGGAGGCUCAGUAGGCAUGGGGCCCAACGGCGAAUGGACUUCUGGAUCAGGAUCUAGGCAAACUACCGAUCAGAGAUCGAGUCGGAUCCCGAAUGCAGCUCGUGGCCCUCCGGCAAAUGGAGCUCCCGUAGUCGGUCGUCGACCUUUCGACAGUCGCCUUCCUGACGUCUCGCACUCCCAGAGGAGACAGGGAUCGGCUGAACCGCGCGGGCAUCUUCCCGCUUGGCAACGGGAUUCUGCGCUACCUCCCAAACCCCCUGUAUCUUCCCAUCAGCCAUGGACAGGAGGCCAGAGCUGGCGGGGGGACAUUCGCUCCGAACCUAGACGAGACGGCCCGCCGCCUCGCCGGGAAGGCGGCUUGGAUUCAUAUGUCCCGACUUACGACGGGCCGUCUGAUCGUCUCAGAGACCGGGACGACGGUAGACGAGAUACUGCGGAACCGCGGGAUUAUGAUUGGGAUCGUUCGAGGAGACGGAGUCGAAGCCCGGAGCCGAGACAUAGGACUCGGUCCCGGGAAAGUAACCCAUACUACGAUCUUCACCGGCGAUGAUAUCUGUGGCCACCACUUCGGUGAACCACAGUAUCGUCCGGGGUAAGAAGUGUUAAAUAUUCUAUACUUUUUAGCGAAGCAUGCUACGUGGAACCGAAUCUAGCUGGAGGUAUACUUAACAAAGCCAUUUAUAUGAAAUAGGUCAUGGAAAGCGUGGCAAUUUAAUUAAAUCCGGUAGCAUGGGCGGCGUUAUUUGGCAGUUGUCCUUUGUUCUUACUGGUGGUUGGGUGGUGGGUGUUCUGGGCUUUGCGAUUGAGAGGGAACGCGGUGUAUUGAAAAAAUCACAUAUGAAUAGAAGUAUUUCCUCCUCAAAAAUUCGAAGGACUCCGUAGUCAAUGACUUAUUAUUACUUUUGUUUAUAAUGCAUGAGGUAGGGAAAUAUGCAUAUAUAUUAUUACUUCUAACGAACGAGUGAUUCGGAAAUAUCAUUGAUCAGACAUUCAUGGUGGACAGAGAACAGAUGGAAACAUGUAAAUUACCCGGCCCUAUCCCAAUGACAGACAGGUAAAUCUUCGUAUCCCGUCA